UGUUUCAGGCACAUUUUAAAUGCAUCUUGUAGAUCUGUUUGCAGAAACCUGUGUCCAAGCCUUCCUUGCAAGGCAGUAUGUUUGCUACGUUGGAAGGAAAUAAAUCCUCCAUCUCGUUGUAGGUGUUAGCUUGGUAGCUAGUACAUUUUUUUGGUUGUUAUUGAUUAGCUAAUAUGUAGGCUUUUUAUUCUCUAAGUUAAGUUACGCGCCCACGGUAUAUUUUUGUUUUCUCGUUUGCAAAAUGCGAUGGGUUUUGGUCUAAACGCAUUGCAUAUUUUCCAGAUACAACUAGCUCGCGGCAGUAGUAUUGCUAGCUGUACAGUAUCGGUAGUUUGUAAGGUAACAGUGAACCCCCCCCCCCCUCCCCCAAACGGCUUAAUGAAUCCAGUACCCUCUAGUUUGUCGGAAGAGUCGGAUCAACUUCCUGCAAUGCAGGGGAAUUCUGAGGAGUCGGUGAGUUCGGCCCUUCCCAAUGGCAGCGAGAAGCCCCCCAAGCGUGGCAGGGGCAGGCCGCUGGGGUCCGCCAAGAAGAGCCCCAAACCAGUAAAAACGCCAGGCAAGCGCGGGAGGCCACGCAAAUUAGUCUUGGACACCUCAGCUCCAGUCAAAUCCCCUGGGCCGGUCAAGAAGCGAGGCCGACCUCCGAAAGUAAUAAAAGUGAGGGGAAGGCCCAGGAAAAGUCCCCUUACACCUGAGGAAGAGGAGGAGAGGAAGAAAAUGAAGGGCAAGCCCAAGUCGCCACGGGUGUGGAAGCCCCUGGGGAGGCCGCGCAUCUACCCCCGUGAGGAUCCCCCCGCCGCGGCCGCCACUGCCUCGGAGCCCAGAGGGAGAGGACGCCCACGCAAGACCCCGUCGGCGCAGGGCGCGCACUUGCGCAAGAACGCCCAGCCGUCCCCGGCUCCCGACGGCCCCCCGCGCAAGAGGGGUCGGCCCCCGGGCUCGUCCGCAAACAGCCUCGCCAAAAAGGAGCCCGAGGCGGAGAGGGAUUCUGAGCAGAAGCUCAGCACGCCCCCCACAAAGCGCUCGCGCCAGGACGACAGCAGUGCGGCGGACAAACCUCAGGGGGAAGAAUCUGAGGGAAAUGCGGAGGAACAGACGGAGGGCGACACAGAGACAAGCCAAAACGAAGGGUCAAAAAUACCUGAGCCGGGUGCUUCGGGUGACCAGCCGGAAAGCGUAGACCCGACAGAAAAGGAGGAGGAGGAGCAGCAGCAGGAGGAGAAGCAGGAAGAGCAGCAGCAGGAGGAGGAGGAGGAGGAGGAGGAGAGUGUUCCGGUGGUCUCACAGCGCAGGAGCGGCCGGCCCCGGAGCACGGCGGUACUGGCCGCACAGGAACAGAAGGGUGAGGAAGGGAAAGCGGCCGGUAAGAGGGGCAGGAAGGCAGUGCUGUCCAAGAAAGCGGCCGUCGGCAAAGGGAGCAAGAACGAGAAGCCAGGAAGGGAGAGCAUCAGCAGAAUCCUGUAAGAGGCCCGGAGGGAUAGAUGGGACAGAUGGAUGUGUUUUUAAGUGUUUUGUGGGAUUACCCUAACCAAAUCCCACUAUUGUUUUUAUUGAUUAACCUAUCCUCCAGUUUUCCUUUCUACGUUUAAAGACUGGUCUUGGAGAUGCUGUCUGAAUUUAAGCUUUUUGUAAACCCUCCUCAGGGUAAUUCCAAGUCAGUUCAACACCGUUUUGGACUGAUUUUAAUGAGAUUUGGCGUGCUGAUUUGACCUUAUAAGAAGAGCUGGUGAACAUCUAUAAAGUGAUUAUAAGAACCAUUUCUCUACGGCCUACAGUAAUGGAGAUCGAGCAAGUCAAAGUCACAGAGUCACGCAAAUUAGUUAGCCCAUACCCCACAUAUUAACAAUUUGACAAGUGUAAUUUCAGUUCUUGGGGUUUCUUAAGAGGCCAAAUCGGCAUGCUAAAUCUCCACAUGUCCAAACGUGUACUUAAUUGACAUGGAAUUACCCCUCAGUCCUCUACUGAUGUGAAAAACUUAUGUACCUAAAUAAAAUGUUCAAUGCACUCAGAUAUCCAUGUCCCUUUAAGUCCACAAGUAAAUCACUGUGUGCAAGUUCCUAUAGGCAUUACACAAAUUGUGGCUAAAGGGGUUACAUUGUUGGGAGAAUGUGCUUGUUAUUGUGUUAACCUCUUUGUCCCUUUUUCAUUUUAUAAUUAUAUGGAAACUGAUUAGAUUUGGGUAACUGGUGCUAGGAUGCAAAACUUAAAACUUUGAACGAACUACUUAAUAGUAAUGAAAUUAAAUUUUUUUAAACAAUGGAAUUGGUGAAAAUGGUCAUUUUGUAAUGCUGUCUUGUUAAUAAACAAUUUGUUCAUGUAGUGAAAGCUUUAAGAGGCUACCAAAAACAAAUGCUAUGAUAUAAAACCUUAAUAUAAACUCUAGAGUGCCAAAUCAUUGUGCUAUUAAUGAGGCCUGAAACUACUGAAGAAAACUAUAACCAAGGUCAUAUGUUAAAUAAAAAUGCAUUUGUUCCUUCAAAUAAAUCAAGUGAAGAAAGAUGGGAGACCUUUCAUGGCAUAAUAGUACAGUCCUUUAAAUUAAAUUGAGGUGAUUAUCAACUGUUCUUUCAGCCCAAACAAAAAUUCACCUGCUCUUUGUUCAUCCCCCUUUGUUAUUUUUAUGCGCUCAACAUGUUUUAUGUGCCUUACUUGCCAAUGCAUGAAAUUGUUCCAGGUUGGGAUCCCUCCAAAUAUAGUAAACAGUUUUACAAUGUAGUGUUUUUUUAACUGUUGGUAAAUUAAAACAUUAUAAUCCUGUUGUUUCAAAAUGCAUUUUUACACAAGUAUAUAUUCAUGGUACAUAAAAUGCAUCCUAUGAACUUGUGCCGGUGUAACCAUACCAUUUUUGGACAAUUUUAUUUGCACUCUGUUGUUUACUUAACUUUAAUGAUGCUCUGCUUAGUUUGUCAUUCAUGAAAUAAGUACAUAUUGCAUCAGGUACUAUGUAGCAUUUGUAUUUGUAAUUCAAAAAAUUUUCAUGAAUUAUUUUCAAACUAAGUACAGUCUUCUCAUGUCAAUAUAUAUUUUAAAAACAAUGGUAACAGAAAGGACACGUCAAAAUUAAAUCUUUGGAUGGGCUGUCUGAUUGAGUCACUAGAUGUAUUUGUCAGGAGUUGUUCGCCUCACAGUGCAAGUUCCAAACACAGCGACAAGUGAAGAUGGAAAGCUUGAAGAUGGAUAGGAUUUUUCCCUAGAGCCUGGUAGCAUUUAUUAGCAUUCACAUUUACCAUACAUUUAGAAAGUAGUUUCAAAUGUCUGUCUGGGUUUGUGUUCAUCAGGUUGUGGUCAUUGGAGGCUUUAGGUUUGGUAAAUGGACCUGCCUGAACCUAUGGGAUAAUUUCAGCUGUACCUUUUUGAGCAGGUAUUAAGGAAGCGAACAGAUGUAAGCUGUUAUUCUUGCUAAGAAUUUAGUUUUCACCCAUAUGGCCAAAUCUGAAAAUAGCUGGAAUUAAUGGUGAGCCUUUUUCAACCACAGCCCAUGAAAGAAAUAGUGUCUGAUUGCAAACUAGAACCAUCAACUAAAAUGGAUGGUGCUCAUGUAGAAUUCCAAAUUCUGAAUUGCUGUAACUAGCUUUGGGGUUGUACAUUUUGUUUUCACCUAAUGUGUAUACCUUGAUCUUACUUGCGUACUCCACCUGCACGUGAGAUUAAUGGGAUUAAUAAAUCCACCAUUAGCUACAUUUUCAAUGGCAUCUGUACUCUAAAAUUAUCAUCAUUCUCAAAUGUGAAAUUGAUCAAGAUUUAAAAAGGUGUUUAACAUUCUUGGUCAAGUCGCCUGUUUUUCCUGUCCUAAAAAAAAGGUUGAAUUCUGAACUCAUUUGUAUGGGUGGUUUUCUUCAGGACCAAGUUUUUAGUUUGCUAGUUAUGGACACAACAUAUUGUUCCAGUUUCUGAUGAUUUUGUGAAUAGUCUGUGCUUUUAUUAUUAUUUUACCACAGCUUUAAAAAGGACUUGUCAGUGUUUUCCCCUCAUAGUAAUAACAGUUAUGUACAGUAUAGUUCCUUUGCAAAAAAAGUCUACAUAGCAAAGUAGGUGUUUUGUUGGUUUUACUUGUGCAUUUAUUUCUGAUGUUUUUUGUGUGUAACCUUUCGAGAAAAUUAAAACAAAUAUUUUCCAGUAUGUAUGGCUUAAACUGAAUCCGAUUUUGAAAACCCAUAGUCAGCUAAAAAGAUUUAACUUGGGAAAACUCAAAAGGAAAGUUCACCCUUAUCUUCUUAUGUCAAAUUUACAGCAAUGCUUUGUGAAUUACAUUUGCUUUUCUUUUUACUGAUCAGCACCAAAAGAAAUGUGUGUAUUUUAUGUAGAGCCAAUAAAUAACUAAUACAAAUCUAUAUAUCUGGUCCUAUGUUAGUGUUCUUCUCGGAAGUCAAUUAAAACAAAGUCUUGCCAUUAUUAA